CAUGGCAAGGCCAUUUUCUAAGGAAAGGUCUCCCUUUGAAGCGACACCAUUGAGGUCACUGUUGACCUUUAGUAGUGAGUCAUAGCCACAUCUAUAUGACCUGAGACUAGUUUGGCAUACAUAACAGUUUUGGGGUUGACAGGACGCUUUAUAUAAGAUCAAAAGAAAGCAGACUACAUGUAGAGUAAAAGAGAAGCAGCACGCGGGGCUGUAAAAUGACCUGUGAUUGGCUACUGUGCCAUGAAGCGGUGAAAGCAAUGAUGGACCAACAUUAAAACAUCCACACGUAUAACACAGAGCUGCCAACAGAACUCAACCACAAGUCAUCUAAACAGUGUAUUGCAGAAUUGACUGGCAUUAUCUGACACAAUGUGGAUCAUUCAGCGACUGCAGGAGGGUGCAGAAAAUCUUCCACUUCAGAUCAGUCACCUGAUCAGCAAGAAUAAAAAAGAGAUUUCUGCGAAGACCAACAUCUUCAAUAAACUACCCAACAACGUGCUCACGCCUGAUAAAAUUCCUGACUUCUUUCUGCCUCCGAAGCUGACCAAGCGCUGCCUUAUGGCAGAUGCAGAAAAAAUUACACAGUGCCUAAAUGAAGAAAUUAGGUCUGGAAAAAUAUCUAGACCUGAUGCAAGUCAGCCAAGUUUCAACAAACCUACAGUAGCCUUGAACAAACUUAAGUCAAUCCCCUAUUCACUAAAAUGCUACGAGUCUGGUUUGUUCGAGAGUCCGAACACCCGACGCAAAGAGUCUUUGUUUCAUUCUGCGUUUACGGGUUAUACGCUGGAGCGAAUGAACGUCAAGGCUCCAAAGCUUUCAAACAGAUCACUGCUUAAGGCAGGCAGCACUGAGAGUGACACACCUUCUGCUGACUCCACCCCUCAUUCAUCACCACCGCCAAUGAGAAGAGAGAACUGCACGAAGCCACAUUCAAUCCCAGGAUAUCCACCCGAGCAAGAUGUUCUGCACACUUUCAGAGAAGACAAAAAUAAAGCUUACUGCAAUCCAGACAAAAAGGCCCCUCAAUGCGCCAAGGUCAUCCAGGCUCCUCCCUCCACUAAACUAGCCCCACCCAUUCAGUUCCCGAUGGACAUGCUACACUGCCAGGAACGCUUUCAUCAGGAGCAUGUCCUUCCUCUUCCACAGAGAGGUCGCGUGCGCCUCUCUGCCUUCCGGUCCAGUGCCACCGCGUGUUCGGCAACGAUUCGCAUCCGCGUAGUCUCCGUAGAAGGCCUGAGAGAUCCCGGUGACCUUCGACCUCUGACCUGCAGCUUGACCCUAAGCCUCAGUCCUGGCAAGCUGCAGCGCCAGCACAGCGCAAUCAUCAGAAACUGCCAUAACCCUGUGUUCAAUGAAGAUUUUUUCUUCACUGAGACUGAGGAGCAGGAAGGAGGCUUGAGAGAUUUAGCGCUCAGACUGAAGGUGCUGGAUAAGGCCUCAGGUCUGGGGAGAGGGGUUGUGUUGGGAAUUGUCCUUAAACCUUUGUGCCAGCUACUGUCACUAUAAGUUGUAUGUGCACACC